UGUACGCGUACAACUUGUUUGUGUAUAGAUCUAGAUCUAGCUUAGAUCUGAUCUACUUCUAGUUUAUUUCAUUAGUUUUUUUAUCAUUUGAAUCUUAAUAUUUAUUAUGAAUAUUUUGUAUUUAAAAACAAAUACAAAACUUGGUAACUUUACAGAAUAACUGGUACUGGAAAAUAUAACUGAAAAACUUGAACAUGACAUCACUUAUCACAGAGAGUGACCUGUCUUUUGAACCUAGAACAGAUAGUACCCUGGCACCUGAAAAUGAAAUAUUUCACUAUAGGCAACGUUUUCAGAGUAUGAAGCUAGUUUUGAAGGAACUUCAAAAUCAAAUAGCUAUUUAUAAGAAUCGAUGUUCAGGGGUAGAUACUGUGGCACUUAUGUUGAAGGAAUCCAAACAGGAAGUUGUCAAACUGACUCGGCAAUGUAAAGCUCUUGAUACAGCUGUAGCUAAUCUCCAGAAUAGGCUUGCAGCUAAUGGCUUAUCUAGCAGUGUAAACAUUGAAGAGAAUGAAAUGUUUGUACCCGGUGCAUCAAAACAAACAUUAGACAAUCUUGCUAGGGAAAAUGCUAGAUUGCGAAACCUUCUUAAAAAUACUGAAGUUCAGGCUGGGAAAAAACUAACAGAUGAUUUUCAUUCUUCAAAGCAAGCCAAUGAAUUAUUAGAAGACGAAAAUAUUCAGCUGAAAGCAAAGAUGGAAGAGUUAGAAAAACUACUAAGAGAAAAACAAGAUUUGGAGGAGAAACUAAAUGAAUAUAAAUUUAUUUCCAAUAAAAAUAAAAACGAAGAAAUAAAGAUUAGUAUAGGAUGUCAAACAUCAGAUAUGAACCAAAGUAAAAUCGAAGAACUAAGAAAAGCUUUGAAGACAAUCUCACAGCAGUGUCUAGUUCUGGACUCAGAUCUGGAGAGUAUUUAUUCCUAUAGCCUCUCUGUUGAUAGUACACCUUGUAAAGAGAAGAGUCCUGGUAUAGAUGAAAACACUUAUUUGGAAUUAGAAAGUCGGCUAAAUCAGGUCGUCCUUAUGAAUCAGCGAUGGCAGGCUCACAGUGAUAAUCAGGAACAGCAAGUUCACCUUCUUGGUGCUAGGAUAGCGGAGUUAGAACAGUUAACUCAGGAUUCUGAAAUGUUGAGAACUGAGUUGGAGGCUUUGAAACAGGAGAAUCAGAGGUUAAAACGUGAUGUGGAGAAUUUAACAAGAGAGCUGCAUCAGAGGAGAUCGCAGCCUCAAUAUGAUGCCAGCAUGGUGGAGAUCUUGAAGCAGCAGAUCCAGGUGUGCACCGAGGACUUCAACACUGAGAGGAAAGACAGGGAACAGGCUGUGAACAGGGCUAAACAGCUCAGUGAUGAGGUCAAUAGGUUGAUAAAUGAGAAUGAAAAUCUAAAGAAGGAUCUAGAGAUGCUGAAAUCAUUGAAAAAUCCCCUGGAGACACCCUAUGAUAAACGAGACACCCUAGGAUUGCGCUCUAAUGUUUACCCACCACCAACUUUUAAAGUUCGAGGCUCUGCGAUACCAGCCACAAGACUUCCACAGCAUUUAUUUUCCACUUAUUCCUCCACUGGAACAUCACCAUCACAAUCCAUCUCCCCUGUAACAUCACCAGUGCCCAUGUCAUUUUCAUCAGCAUCCAAUGCAUCCUCAUCUUACCUCCUUCAAAACCCUCAUGAAAGUUCUCUGGCCUACCCACCUCGAGGCCCAACUCAGAGAUCCCCAAUGAGCCGUUCUGAAUCUGACUUUUUGAGCUUACCACGCAGCCCCCGCGGCUCAACAGCUGAAAGUUCCCAAAGUAGUGUGGGACAGUUUUCUGAGAAUAUCUCCAUGCCACAGCAAGCUUCAAAAAAAGGCACUGUGCCAAAAACUAGUGGAGAAUACCUCACUUGCCCAAAGUGUGGUAAAGAAUUUGAAAGUGCAGAACUUGUGAGCCAUAUUGACAUAUGUGCAGAUUAGCUAUGUUGGUCUGAGAUAAUUUUGUUCACUUGUGAUAUCAAACUGUGCAACAUGGAACUAAUUAUCAGAAAUUAAUUAUGCCUUUAGUUGAGAUGGAAAUUAUGCCAUCUGCCUACUGCAAACAGUACCCAGAUUAAUGCUGUGUGGUCUGACAUAACUAUAACAAAAGAAGAUAUUCUCAUAGGUAUCUUUUUGAAUGUUUCUAUUGCUUGCCUGAUGCUUUUGUUUAUUUCAAAUGAUUUUUACGUUGUUCCGGUAUUUAUUUUAGUUAAAAGUAAAAAUUUAAAAUAACAUCUUUGUUUUUUAAUGCUUUCUUCAAUUGCCAUGUU